UGGGGGAGUGAGAGGCCACAGCUGGCCGGACAUGGGCCUCCCCACCGUGCCUGGCCUGCUGCUGCCACUGGCGCUCCUGGCUCUGUCGGUGGAAAUACACCCCUCAGGGGUUACUGGACUGGUCCCUCCCCUCAGGGACCGGGAGAAGAGAGACAGUCUGUGUCCCCAGGGAAAAUACAGCCACCCUCGAAAUAGUUCCAUUUGCUGUACCAAGUGCCACAAAGGGACCUACCUGCACAAUGACUGUCCCGGCCCGGGGCUGGACACGGACUGCAGGGAGUGCGAAAACGGCACCUUCACUGCCUCAGAGAACCACCUCAGACAGUGCCUCAGCUGCUCCAAGUGCCGGAAGGAAAUGUACCAGGUGGAGAUUUCCUCUUGCACGGUGGACCGGGACACCGUGUGCGGCUGCAGGAAGAACCAGUACCGGAAUUACUGGAGCGAAACUCUUUUCCAGUGCCUGAACUGCAGCCUCUGCCUCAACGGCACAGUGCAUCUCUCCUGCCAGGAGAGACAGAACACCGUCUGCACUUGUCACACCGGGUUCUUUCUGAGAGGGAAUGAGUGCGUGUCCUGUGUUAACUGUAAGAAAGACACGGAGUGCAUGAAGUUGUGCCCAUCCCCAACCCAAAGUGUGAAGGGCCGACAGGACCCAGGCACCACAGUGCUGUUGCCCCUAGUGAUCUUCCUUGGGCUUUGCCUCUUAUCCCUCCUUUUCAUCGGUUUAAUGUGCCGCUACCGACGGUGGAAGCCCAAGCUCCACUCCAUUGUUUGUGGGAAAUCGACACCUGUAAAAGAGGGGGAGCCCGAGCCCCUGGCCUCAACCUCAAGCUUCAGUCCCACCACGGGCUUCAGUCCCACCACGGGCUUCGGUCCCACCACGGGCUACAGUCCCAUGGCCGGCUACAGUCCCAUCUCCAGCUCCACCUUCACCCCCAGUCCCACCUUCACCCCCAGUCCCAAUUUCACUCCUGGUGACUGGCGCAACUUCAGCGCUGCAUCACCCCCCAGAGAGAUGGCUCCACCCUACCAGGGGGCUGGCCCCAUCCUCACAGCAGCUCCAGUCUCCACCCCCAUCCCCACCCCUCUUCAGAAGUGGGAGGACAGCGCUCACCCGCAGCGCCCAGACACCGACCCGGCCACGCUGUACGCCGUGGUGGACGGUGUGCCCCCGUCGCGCUGGAAGGAGUUCGUGCGGCGGCUGGGGCUGAGCGAGCAUGAGAUCGAGCGGCUGGAGCUGCAGAACGGGCGCUGCCUGCGCGAGGCGCACUACAGCAUGCUGGCGGCCUGGCGGCGGCGCACGCCGCGGCGCCAAGCCACGCUGGAGCUGCUGGGCAGCGUGCUCCGCGACAUGGACCUGCUCGGCUGCCUGGAGGACAUCGAGGAGGCGCUGUGUGGCCCCGCCUCCCUCUCGCCCGCGCCCCGCCUUCCCCGAUGAGGCCACGCCCCCGCCCCCUUGGCAGGGGGCUGCCCAGAGGACAGCUGCUUUCUGCCCCCGGGCAGUCCGGAAGGACGGUGCAAGAUGCCCUCUGGACCCCCUUAUUUCUGGAGAAGAAGGAUCUUGGAGGGGCAGGCGUGAGCUGGCAGCCACUUCCUUGGUGCUACUCCCUCAGUGUACAUAGCUUUUCUCAGCUGCCUGAGGGUCAGCCGUGUUUGUGUGUGUGUGUGUGUGGGGGGGGGGGGUGGUGCGUGUGUGGUGGUGAGAGAGGCGUGGGGUGUGUGUUCUCGUGAGAGAGGCUGAGUGUGCCAGGGUUGUGGGGAUAAAAGGCGCCAUGCCUCACUGCCCAUUUUGGGUUUGGAAAACCCAGCAAGGAUGCUUAGGGGCCCCUGGUUGGUCCCUGAGCGUUUUUCACAGCAGAUAAGCAAUCUUUGUAUCAAUUAUAUUACACUAUAGAAACUUGGCACCCCUUUGCCCCCUGCCUGGACAAGCACAGAGUAAGCGGAACUGUCCAAAGGCAGGGGCAAGCACAGAACAAUGGGGCCUCCGGCUGGAGCUGUGGACUUUUGUAAAUACACUAAACCCUGGAAUUAAA